UAUCCAGUACAUCGUUUAGACAAAGGAACAACAGGAUGCCUAGUCUUUGCACGCUCUCCUGACCAUGCUCACGCAUUCUCUCGUCAACUUCGACAGCACACGGUGCACAAGACUUAUCAUGCUCUGGUCAAUACAUCUUAUAGUCCAACUCUAACUGCGAAGAUAGGUUCAGGGAGUAUACGUGUUGGCAUGACGCUGAAGGAUGGCAGACCACAUCUAUCUCAAUCUGAGUCGGCACGAGAGACAUCGACGGAUUGGCAGGUUAUCGGGUGGUCAGUAAGUUUUGAUGAUAUAGCGCUUGUAAAACUUCGUCUGCGCACAGGCAUGAAGCAUCAGCUCCGUGUUCAUAUGUCUGAUGUACUGCAAGCUCCCAUUCUCGGCGACAUUCAACAUACCGGUACACGACCAUGUACAGUUCCCGUACCGAAUGGUCGUCUUUUCCUCCACGCAUCUGAAAUAUCCUUUCACCGAUAUAGGCGGACGGGCAAGCCAAAACGAGUGGACCUUACCGUUAAAGCGCCGCUUCCGCUGGACUACAUGGAACUGUGUAUUCGUAACAAGAUUGAAAUACCUUCGAAUUUAGGAGAAGGGGGCUUAUUCAUUGACGGCCAACCCAUGCAAGAAGUUGAAGAUCUUGAUGGUUUCUGGGCGUGCCGUCAAGACACAAUACCAUGA